CGGGCGGGCUUCCCGCCUGUUCCUCGUGGAGGCAGUGCUUCUUAUCCUACGCUCCUAGUCCCUGUGUCCUGCGGAGGGAACUAGAACCUAGAGGAGCGAAAGAAGAAACGUGGGCUCUGCACGGGAGCGGGUCUGAGGUUCGGUGUCAGUGCGGCUGCGGGGAGCCGCUUUCGGGGCCUCCUGCCCAUCCCCGCCAUUAUUACGUGUCCCCUGGCCCCGUUGAACCCGCAGGUUACUAUGGUGACGGCCGGGCUGGAGUACCCGGCUCAGGUCCAUCUGACAUUUGAGGAUGUGGCUGUGUACUUCUCCCAGGAGGAGUGGGGGCUCCUCGACGAGGCUCAGAGACACCUGUACCACACUGUGAUGCUGGAGAACUUGGCACUGAUAGCCUCCCUGGGUUGGUGGCAUGGAGUAAAGGCUGAGGAAGCUCUUUCUGAACAAUGUGUUUUUGUGGAAAGAGUGUCACAGGCCAAUACUCCAGAUCCAGGCCUGUCUAUCCCAAAGGCCCAUUCCUGCAAUGUGUGUGUCCCAGCGGAGAAAGACAUCUUGUACCUGGCUGAGCAUGAAAGAACGUGUGCUGGGCUGAAACCAUACACUUGUGGGCCUUGUGGGAAACUGUGCUCAUUUAGUUCAUGCUUAUACCAGCACCAGAAGCAGAACCAUGGAGAGAAGGACCUUGGAAGGGAGGAGAAUGGGGCUUUGUUCGUGAAGAGCAAAAUCCUCGUGUCAGACAAUAUUUUCACCUGUGGAGAGGCUGAGGAUGAUUCCCUGGGCAGCGUGGGCCUUCUCCAGCACCAGGUCAUCCCCAGCGGAGAGCAUCCACACAGAGGCAGGAGGGGCAGGGCAGUUUCUCACACUCUGCGAGGGCAGCACAGCACACGUGAGCAAGCCUGCGCCAAAAAGGUUAAAUUUACGGAGGAGCAGAGUGCUCACGCCGGAGAAAGCCUUCAUAAGUGCAGUCAAUGUAAAAAGUCCUUCAUCUCCAAAAAAAGACUUCUUGAACACCAGAGAAUCCACACUGGAGGAAAGCCUCAUGAGUGUAGCAAAUGUGGGAAGUUCUUUAAGUACAAAUCUAGUCUUAAUCAACACUGGAAAGUUCACACUGGAGAAAGGCCUCAUAAGUGCAGUGAAUGCGGGAAGUCCUUCAUCUAUAAAAGCAGACUUCUUGAGCACCAGAGAAUCCAUACUAGAGAAAGGCCUUAUAAGUGCAGUGAAUGUGGGAAGUCUUUCAUCUAUAAAAAGAGACUUCUUGAGCACCAGAGAAUCCACACUGGAGAAAGGCUUUAUAAGUGCAAUGAAUGUGGGAAGUCUUUCUUCUACAAAAGAAUACUUCUAAGGCACCAGAGAAUCCACACUGGAGGAAAGCCUCAUGAGUGUAACGAAUGUGGGAAAUUCUUCAGACACAGACCCAGUCUUAUUCAUCACUGGAAAGUUCACACUAGAGAAAGGCCUUAUAAAUGCAGUGAAUGUGGGAAGUCCUUCAUUCAUAAAAGGAGACUUCUUGAGCACCAGAGAAUCCACACUGAAGAAAGGCCUUAUAAGUGCAAUGAAUGUGCUAAGUCCUUCUUCUACAAAAGAUUACUUCUUGAGCACCAGAGAAUCCAUACUGGAGAAAAGCCUUACGAGUGUAACAAAUGUGGGAAGUUCUUGAGACACAAAUCUAGCCUAAAUCAUCACUGGAAAGUUCACACUGGAGAAAGGCCUCAUAAGUGCAGUGAAUGUGGGAAGUCUUUCAUAUAUAAAAAGAGACUUCUUGAACACCAGAGAAUCCACACUGGAGAAAGACUUUAUAAGUGCAGUGAAUGUGAAAAGUCCUUUGUCUACAAAAGCAGACUUCUUGAGCACCAGAGAAUCCACACUGGAGAAAAGCCUUAUGAGUGCAGCCAGUGUGGGAAGUUCUUCAGACACAGCUCCACUCUCCUUAAACACCAGAAAGUUCACACUGGAGAAGGCCAUCUCAGCGUGGUAAAUGUGGAAAUCUUUCAUCCACAAAAAAAGAUUUCUUUUGCACCAGAGAAUCCACAUCGGAGAAAAGUUUUAUGAACGCAGCAAGUGUGGGAAAACCUUCAUAAAGAGAUUUGAAUUCAAUGAGCACCAGAGAGUUCACCCUGGAGAAAAGCCAUAUGAAUGUAGUAAAUGUGGGAAAUUCUUUAGACAUUGAUUGCUGGUCCAUUCAACAUUCAACACUAAAAAGUUCAUGAUGGAGAGAGGCCUUGAAUAAGUGUAAUGAAUGUGGGAUGUCCUCCAUUUACAAAAGAAAUCUUGAGCACAGAGAAUCCAAACUGAAGGAAGGAACCUUUGAGUAUAAUGAAUGUGGGAAGCCUUCAACCUCAAGGAUAGACUUGUUCAGCACCACAAAGUCCACACUGGAGAAAAGCCUUUUUGUGCAGCAAAUGUGGAAAGUACUUCGGUAGAAGAUAUUGCUUCAUCAGGCACCAGAAAGUUCACAGUAGAGAAAGUCCUUUGUAGUAGACAAAUACCUUAUUGUUUAAGCCACAUCGAAGUUUGGAGGCUAUGUGCACUUUGGGGGUGGGUUUAGCAUAGAAUUGUGGUUUGCCAGUGUGAAGGGGUGAACAGCUUUUGUGAGUCACAGUGUCAUGUCAGAGGCACAGUAUGAGUCAGAAAAUAUUUCUUAUUCCUAUUUUGGCUUCAUUUGCAUUGCUUCCUAAGGCAUCCUGGGAAAGACUGCAGGACUUUGUGGUUAAUAUGUAGCAGUGCAUUCCUGUGUCAUAGUGUAGGUGAAUGUCUAACUUAUUAAGGGAUAAUCUCAUGGUGGUAUCAGUUUACAUUCUCACCAGAAAAACCAGAACCAGAGUUCCAGUUUCCUUAUAUCCGUACUCACUCCUGGUAUGCUCAAGGCUUCCUAAUUUCAGUGGUAUAAUAGGUGUAUAAUGGAACCUUGUGAUUUUAAUUUGUAUUUCCCUAAUGAUGUGGUGUUUAGAUGUUUUUUCAUGUGCCAAUUUACAGCCAUCAUAUCUCUUGAAAUUCAUGUGAUUUGUCAUCUUAAUUACUGGGUUUUGACAUUUGUCCAUGGAUUAUUGAUAAAAGUCUUCUAUUUUAAAUAUUUGUCAAUAUAUUCUUCCAAUCUUGGUUUUGUCUUUUCAACCACUUUUCUUGUGAAAAAAUUUAAAAUUUCAAUGUAGUCUAAUUUGUCUGUUCUUUCACUGAAUAUCCUUUUGAUCUUGAAUAUAGAAAUGUUUGUGUCUCU